AUACUGUGCCGAGGCGGCUGCAUGAUGAUGUAGGCUACCAAUGUCAUUCACCGAACUUUAAUCAUAUUACAAAUUGAGAGCUAAAACAGUAUUACAAGAUUGUUUACAUGUUACGACAUGAGUUAAAUAAGGACAAAUGCUUCCGGGGUUCAAGGGUGGUCGAUGGUUUGAACAAGUUUGAAAUUGUACCGCGCGCACAUGUGGGAAAUAUAAAAGAGCACAUGACAAAAAUGUAAAAACUGUUCAUGAACAGUGCAAGAGCCGUGUUUUGUGUUUUGCUGGCGCUGGGAUGGACCGGUUUGUGACAGCAAGCAGGAAAAGGAAAAGGCAUGUUGGAGGAGAACUUGACCAAGCUUCUCACAGCAAGAAGAGCAGAGAAGCUCCUGAAGAAGAGCUGGAGGAGGAUUAUGGAGAAGAAGAAGAAGAAGAAGACAUGUUGCUUAAGGAGUUCUCUCAGCCAAUACCAUGGCGGAAAAUUGAAGCAGAGGGUCUGGACUGUGACUACUGCCUAUUGUUCAAGACAGAUGAAGCAAAUGAGUUGUUCAAUGCAUUGGAGAGGGAGCUUGAGUACUUUACAGGUGACCAGGCCAAAGUGCAGGUGUUUGGGAAGUCCUACAGUGUUCCACGGAAGCAAGCGACCUAUGGCGAUGAGGGACUCAUGUACUCUUUCUCUGGGGUGCAUCUUCUUGCUCGAACCUGGACCCCAACACUGGAGAACAUACGGGAUACAGUCACCAAGGCAACUGGGCACACUUUCAACUUUGUGUUAGUCAACAGGUACAAAGAUGGUCUUGACCACAUGGGGGAGCACCGUGACGAUGAGCGAGAGCUAGACCCCAGCUGUCCCAUUGCAUCAGUGUCUUUAGGAGCAGCGCGGGAUUUUGUGUUCCGACACCGGAACAGUCGUGGGGGUGCUGGGAGAGGCGGACCACCGCCAGUCAAACUAGAACUGGCUCAUGGUAGCCUGCUGCUUAUGAAUGCCCCCACCAACACAAACUGGUACCACAGCCUGCCCGUGCGCAAGAAGUCCCAGAUGCCCCGCAUCAACCUCACCUUCAGGCGCAUACUCAAGAAGCUGAAAUGACCAAAGAACCUGAGACAAAAAAGCACUGACAUAAGCUCUAACAUAACAGGUCCCUCAUGCCCCAACUCUCCUUUACUGUGAUGCAGCCCUGAGGACAAGCUCUCAGCUUCACCUGCACUCGCUCAUAUAUGGGAAUAGGAACAACAAACUAUGUGUCUUAAAAGAUGUUAAGUUGUGCUUGUUUGUUUCACACUGUGUGUAAAUGUCUUUCUGCAGCAAAUUACAACCAAUAUCACUUAGUAUAAUUAAAACAAAACACAUUACAACAUGUUUACAAGGAAAAGUACUUUUAUUUGUUUUUUUUUUAUAAAACCAAUAAGUACAUAUAGAAUAAAUAAGUGAAACGCAAUCAUAACCUCUGUACAAGAAUUUACUAAUGCAGAGUGAAAAACAAUAAACCAGAAAACUAAACAAA